GUAGUGUCUUUAUGGGGUGGUUUAAGUGCCAAUUUGAAACUUUUUAAAUAUUAAGGCCAAUUACACUAAACUUUAUACUAGUUAUGUGCAUUAUAAAUAUAAAAACAAAUAAUGAGAGCCAGCGUUCCGCAUCCCUUUGGUGCCAGUUGCGGCGAGGAUGUGGGGCAGGGCGCUGCUGCUCGUGCUAGUGAUAGCGUUCACGGCCGACGGCGAAGGCGUCCAGGAGUCAUCAUCGUACGACGCUCAGCUCAAAGUUGGACGAUCAAUUGACAUCUUUACGCGGUACGGCUAUUUGAGUCUCAGCAUGAAGGUGGUGCCGAGGAACGAGUCCGAUUCAAAUUGGAUCUUUCGGGAGCCAACCGUGGACGUUUUCACCGAUAUAAAUCCCUUAAUUAUUCGCCCCCAACUAGCCGGAAAGAAAACCGUGUUCGAGGGAGACUUUCAUAUGGAAUUCUGCGACAAUUUACGUCAAUUACUGCAGGCGUAUUUUAGAGACUUUACGUUUGAACGUCUGCAAAGGCCCUGGAGGGCUUUUGCUGCGAGCUGGACUCAAGAUAACAUAAGUAAAUAUUUAGGAAUUAAUUCUUCCUACGUACACGGUGAUCAUUGUUAUGUGCUAGUGCGAUUAUCGAGAUUCCGUGAUACCGCUAAGCUAUCGAGACUUCCUAAUAACAUUAGCAUUUCCGAAAUGGUCGAACGUGAGAUAGACAAUGUGCGUGUUGGGGAUGUUACCAGCGUCUUGGUGUUUAUGCGGAAAUAUGGAUCCCACUUCAUCAACUCCUUCGUUACUGGAAAUUCAUUGUAUCAGUUAAUCAAGGAGCCGGCUACGAUUAUAUAUUUACCGGUACUCGCGCAUCAAAUAGAUAACAUAACCUUGAGGUUAGUCGAUCAAGACGGUCAUUUAGUAGAUUUCGGCGAAGAAAGAGUGACUAUUCGAUUGGAGCUGAAAAAAUAUGGGACUUAA